AUGGUAAAACGUAAUGGCGCACAAUUUACCUCGGAACCUAAUAAUUUGACAAAUUUGAAUUCAUUCAAAUAUUCAGGACUUGCCUGUAAUAAGACAAUUGGUAUAAGCUCAGUAACUGUUAAAGAUGGUAAAGGUGUGGUAAUUUCCUCAAAAAAAGCCAAAGUUCCGUUUUAUAAACCGGCAAAAACUACUCAUAAGGUAACCCUUUCAAGGGGUAUUCGUAAAGCAGCCGAAAGUUUCACCAAUGCUUUUACACGAGCAGGAUAUCGCCCAGAUUUACGCAAGAUGGGUGUACAUUUUAAAAUUGCUAUAAUGAAUGGUCCUGCAAUGAUUAUCAUCUCGUCAUUUGAAGAGACUUUAUGA